AUGAACUCUUAUUUGUAUUCGCCAGUUGCCAAAAAGGCAUUUUCCUGCAAAAGAUCUAUUAGUGUUGCGGAAAAUUCCAGUUCACUGGAUGGCACUCCAUUUCUGGAUGCUACUGCUUCACCAAUCUGUCUAAUCGAAGAUUAUGAAAAAUCACAGGGGAUUUCAUUGGAUGCUACUUUUGAACGAAAAAAUUCGCAACCACUAUUGGAGAUGGGUUUGGAAAAAAACAAAUAUCCAUCUGAUAUUUUUAAUACAAUUGACGACAUUCCCGAAACACCGAAAUCGGUUGAAAUCAUCCAUCUUACAACAUCGAAGAAGGCUUUGCAAAACAGAUCACCUCUUCUUCCUACUCAACCACUGCCGUGUUCAGCUUCUAUGCAAAGACGAUCAGGAAGCCGUUGUAACGGGACCUUGGACAGUUGGAUUAAUCGGUUCGAGCCACCACCGAAACCAAAACCUGUUAAUGCAGAUAAAUAUGCUUUUUGGUUGAAUAUCAGUCCGGAUGUUUCUCCAGAAAAAAUGAGUUCUGUGACCAAGACAAACAAGAAAUAUAAGGAGAAUGUAGAAAUGACCGUCGAUGACCUCUGCUUAUCGCAUAUUUCGGAACCUCUGACAGACUCUAUUGGGAUUCGACUGAUCCCGCUGAGCUCUAAUUCGGGAGAGUUGAGAAGACUAACAUCCAACACUGCAGAUGAAAAUUUAUCAGAAUUUAUGCGGAUUUCACCGCACAUAUCUUCACGAUUGAAUACAAACCAGAUAUCUGAAAAAAUCACAAAUUUGCAGAAUUCUUUAUCAGGGUCAACUUCACAAGUAACCUCUACUCAAGAAGAAACAAAUGAAGAUGAACUGGAUAUUAUUUCUUCUUUGUCUGAUCAAUCAUCUCUUCCUCUUACUCCUUCUCCUCCUAACACAUUAAAGAAACCGGAAAUACUGAGGCAAAUAUCACUUGCAACUGUGCUGGAUCGAAGUAAAUUGACUAAGUGUUAUGCUAUGAUGGAAUCGCAGCAUACGCGUUCAUUAAUGAGAGCAAUAUCUUCACCAAAAUUUUGCCGAAAUGAUCAAAAAUAUGUGGACAGUGAACUGGUCUCAAGAUUUAACGAUGAUGGUAAUGUUCGACGAAAAAAGGCUGAACGACGAUUAUUGUACGGUUUUGAUUGUCGAUGUUGUGCGGACUACUACGAAGCCUUGGGAUUAAAUCAAGAUGAACGUAAUAAACGGAUUGAUCAGGUUAGUAGACACAGAGAUAUUGAAAGAGAACCAUCUACUCCCGAAUAUUACUGGGAAAUUGGGAUGCCAAACAGAGAAGAGCAGCGUCGACGUGGACAAAUUAUAGAAAGCAAUUCACCAGUUGCUGUUAAAACACGUUAUCCAGAGUACAAGUCGAAGAGACGUGCUCGGAGAAGACUUUUUAUUUAG